UAUAAAAGGAAAGCAGGGAGACCGAUAACGGAGGGUCAAUACAUCAUCCAACUCCAUAUCAAUCGCAGCCUUUACUCUUCCAUGUCGAUUACUGGUAUUCAAGGCCAGCUUCUUGAGAUCACUGUUGUUGGGUGCAACAAGUUGAAGGACACCGAGUGGAUCUCACGGCAGGACCCGUACGUGUGCCUCGAAUAUGGUAGCACCAAGUUCCGCACCAGGACUUGCACUGACGGUGAUAAGAAUCCGACAUUCCAGGAGAAGUUCGUGUUUACGUUAAUCGAAGGUCUUAGGGAGAUAAAUGUCACCGUUUGGAACAGCAAUACCCUUAAAUCCGACGACUUCAUCGGCAGUGGAAAGAUUCAAUUGCAGAAGGUGCUUUCUCGAGGUUUCGACGACACCACCUGGUCGCUUCAGACUAAAGGUGGCAGAAAUGCAGGAGAAUUGCGAUCAAUAUUACAUUAUUCUAAUGCCCUACAACCUGCAACAAGCUUUGCUUCGUCUGCACCGCCAUAUGUGACGCUGCCUACACCUCAAGUUCCUUUGUAUUUUAAGCCACUUUCAACAAAUACUACUGCUCCUUACGCACCUUCGGCCUACCAUGCUCCAUCUCCCUACUCUUCGUACCCACCUAACUCAGCCGUGUAUCCACCAUCUCCAUACUCUGCUCCACCUCCAGCUACCUAUCCUCCCCCACCUUACCCACCAACAUCAAUUUAUCCUCCACCUCCAGAUCCACUACGGCCGCCACAAACCUCGUCCUAUUAUCCUCCGGGUAACGUUCGUUUAGGUGUAUAUAUAUAUAUAUGUAUACUAGCUUUCCUGGUGCUAAUAUUGAAUUCAUCACUUGUACUAAAUUUAUCUGUGAUUUGAAUCAGAUCCUUAUCCAAGAAUAUACCCACCACCGCCAUACUGAAAGGGUAUCUGAAGUUUGUGAUUACGGAAAUUAAAGAAGUAGACAUGUACAGUUGAAUUA